CGCCGGGCGCGGCGGCGGUGAUGGCCUCGGGCGUGACGGGCAGCGUGUCGGUGGCGCUCCACCCCCUCGUCAUCCUCAACAUCAGCGACCACUGGAUCCGCAUGCGCUCCCAGGAGGGCCGCCCCGUGCAAGUGAUCGGGGCGCUGAUCGGGCGGCAGGAGGGGCGCAACAUCGAGGUGAUGAACUCCUUCGAGCUUCUCUCGCACACGGUGGAGGAGAACGUGGUGAUCGACAAGGAGUACUACUACACCAAGGAGGAGCAGUUUAAGCAGGUGUUCAAGGACCUGGAGUUCCUGGGCUGGUACACCACGGGGGGGCCCCCUGACCAGUCGGACAUCCACGUCCACAAGCAGGUGUGUGAGAUCAUUGAGAGCCCCCUCUUCCUCAAGCUGAACCCCAUGACCAAGCACACAGAUCUGCCAGUUAGCGUCUUUGAGUCUGUGAUCGACAUCAUCAAUGGAGAGGCAACCAUGUUGUUUGCUGAGCUGACGUACACGCUGGCAACAGAGGAGGCCGAGCGCAUUGGGGUGGACCACGUGGCACGGAUGACCGCAACAGGCAGCGGCGAGAACUCCACAGUGGCAGAGCACCUCAUUGCCCAGCACAGUGCUAUAAAGAUGCUUCACAGCCGUGUCAAACUCAUCCUAGAAUAUGUCAAAGCGACCGAGACAGGUGAAAUACCUUUCAACCACGAGAUCUUGCGGGAGGCCUACGCCCUUUGCCACUGCCUGCCUGUGCUGAGCACAGACAAAUUCAAGACAGACUUCUAUGAUCAAUGCAAUGAUGUGGGUCUCAUGACGUAUCUGGGCACCAUCACCAAGACCUGCAACACCAUGAACCAGUUUGUGAACAAAUUCAACAUCCUCUAUGACCGCCAGGGCAUUGGCCGACGAAUGCGGGGCCUCUUUUUCUGAGGUGUGCCAGCGUCCCCAAAUAAAGCAGUUGCUGCAA